CCGUACUUUCUCAGUGAGCGACAGCAGCAGUGCUGGCCCGGCUAUGGUUUUGUCCAGUGCUGGGUGGGGGCACGGCGUGGGCUGGGGGCACCGAUGAGCUGCAUUUUGCCCCAGCAGAGCACCCCAGCAUUGAGAGGAUGGAGGGCAGAAGGAGACCGGGCUGAGAAAGGGACAGCGCGUGGGUCUGCGGCGUUUGCUCACCACCAUAGUGGUCCCUGAGCCAACCUCACUGAGCAUCAGCGUGGAAUUUUGGGACUGGAGGAGUCAGAGUACCCUCUCCAAGGCAACAAUCUCUUCUUCCUCGCUGCCAUUCCCUGCUCCAUCCCCUCCAUGGCCUCCUCAGAGGGGCUGCAGUACCGCGCGCUCUACGAAUACCAGAAGGACCGGGACGAGGACCUGGCACUGAGCCCUGGGGACUUGCUGACUGUCAGCAGGGCUGCACUACUCUCUGCCCCCAACUACAAGGACGGAGACGAGCGCAGCCCCCAGGGCUGGCUGCACGGCCUCAACGAGCGCACCAAGGAACGCGGGCACUUCCCCGGCACCUAUGUGGAAUACUUGGGCCCCGUGUGCAUCAGCACCACCAAGGCCAAGACACGACCACUGCCCCCGCCACCCGCCGGGACCCCUGUGCCCACUGGCCAGCCCUGGGGGCUCUUGGGGCAGGCAGAGCAUGCUGAGCAGCCAGCCCUCCCUGAGCAGGCACUGCUGACCGUGGCCAGGCUCAUCGAGGCACUCGAAAAGCAAGGUCUCGACAGUGAGCUGCUCUACCGAUCAGACCCUGCUGUGCUGGGUGACGCUGAGCUGAAGGAGGCUCUUCUGGCAGAUGCCUCAGACGUGGACAUGGAGGAAUAUGAUGCCCAGACAUUGGCAGAGACCCUGAAGUGGUACCUGCAGGAGCUGCCAGUCCCCCUUGUCCCUCCCACGCUCUGCACCGACCUGCUCUGUAUGGCUCAAGAGACCCUGAGCGUGGAGGACUGUGGGCAGCGUGCCCUAGCCCUGUUGGCCCCCCCAGCCCUGCCACAGCUCCACAUGCUGCUGCUGAGGGAGCUCAUCCGGCAUUUCAGCAACCUCUGCCAGGCUGCCUGCAAGAACCGGCUGUCAGCACAGCUGCUUGGGGAGCUCUUUGGGGAGCUGCUCCUCCGCCCUGCGUCCUCCAGCACUGAGGCAAACCCUGAGCUCUGCACAAGGAUCAUCGAGUCACUCAUCAUAGCUAGCGAGGCGGCCGAGGUGCCAGGAGCCCCCGAGAAAGCCAGGGAGAACGAUCUCCAAAGCAAACAGAGCCAUGUUUCCAUUUGGGAAAAGUGACAAGGAAAGUGCACGGAGCAAGGAGCAGCACACGAUGGAUUGCAUGCGUGUAACUGCGAGGAGAGCAGCAGCCAACGCGCCGCCUGCGCUGAAUUCCUGGCCUGGAUGGAUGGCCAGAUGGAUGGCUUCUCACACCCCCGGGAGUCCCUGUUCUGGGUCUAUCCAACAGCAGCGAGAGGUGCUGUGCUGUGCCACCUCCAAACCUGGGGACCCUCAGGUCCCAGGAGUGGCAGCAGUACAGGGACAUCUCUGUGUCCCCAGCUUUGCUGCUGCAUUCUUCUCUCCAAUGCUCGUGCUGUGAUUAAACUAUGAGCCGUUCUGUUUAUUAAAAGAAAGAGUUAUGGCAGGAAGGGAUUGGGAUUAUUUCUCUCCUCCAUGAAUAAAGUUCUACAGUUCCUCUUAAAAUCAGACCUGAGGAAUUUACAGAGUGGUUAUUGUACAUUCCUUGCAAAAAAAAAAAAAAUCCGAGCGAGCAGUGCCAGUGCAUUAAAGUAAUGAAUAAAGGAAGUGAAAAAUAUUUAAAAUUCCUAUACAGUGUUACAUUUCAAAAAUGUCCUGGUUGCAGAACUGGGGGAAGGUGGCUCUUUUCUCCCUAAUUUCUCUGAACUUGUUACAAGUCUCCUUCCAUUUUGCUCACCAUUUCCAGACAAGGCCCUGGCACGGUGACAGAGAUGCGAAGUGCACAAAGGGACCGAAGUGUGGUCUGAUCAUUCUGUAACUGGAGCUGCCCAAGGCAAAACUUUUUUUUCAAGCCAGUGUAAAUGGGGAUGGCUGAAACCCUCCACAAUCAGUCUGCCAGGGUUCUCCUGUAACGGAUUGCUCCGUUUAACUCUGUCGCUGGUGAAAUGACGAGAGGAAUUAGUGUAGGGAGAGAUACAAGGUGAAUGGCAGCUUCAUGGCCCCACAGACUCGGGAGUACCAUAGCCCAGGGUGUGGGCAGCCCUGCCCUUCCGCAAAAGACCCCAAACGCUGGCAGUGUGCGGGGAGAAAAGUGCCCACUGUAGGGCCGGGGGGCCUGGAGCACCAUGCACAGCUGCGGGCUGGCACUGGGAUGGGGACGAUCCAAGUGUCCAAGUUGCGAUCCUUUUUGAACAGGAUUUGCAUUCUGCUUUGGUGCUGCAGAGGUUUGGUUUAUGUAAGAGCUGUGUGUUAGCGUCAGUGUUCUGGGGGAGCCGGGUGGGAGCACUGUCCUGCAGAAGGGAUGCUUGAGGUGGAUAUGAGCGCGUGAGCGUGUGCUGCUCCGGAGAUGUUCGGACACUUCCACUGCUCUGAAAUCUGGCAGCAAUGAUGCCCUGAGGCUAGAGAUGUACCUUUCGCUUUUCCCAUGAAAUUCCACUCUGGUUUGGCUGAGUUAUUAAAAAAA